AUGGACAGCUUGGUUAUGGCAACGAUCGGGGCCCAGUAUGAGACCGCAGCCAAGAAUGAUGGGAAGGGCAUUGCUACGAUCAAAGCGUUUCUCACGAAUGCUCCCGAAGCCGUCCGACCUUCAUUCUGGCAAGUCACCUCGAUGACAGACAAGAGAGGAGCGUACAACAUUGCCGUUAUCGCCUACUGGCGAGCCGUGGAAGUUCAUGAGCAAUGGGAAACUCAGUCUGGUUUUAGGCCAUGGUGGCAGAGCCCUGAACGCGAGAACGAGGCGCAUGGCUGGUUCCAAGAAAUUCUCCGUCCAACAGUCGAUCGUUUCGAGACAAAUUUCUCGAAUCCCGCGUAUGUAGAGGGCGCCGCAAAUCUACAGGAGCAUAUGUCUGGCAAGGUAAGAGAACAUGGGUACUGGGGCAGUGUGCGGGAUCGAAUGGCAGCUGCGCAGGACGAUGAACUCAAGUGUGAAUCUGGUCCUCGCCCGGCCGACAAAAGUACGAAUGGCUCCAGUAGCAACGAAAAAUCGGCAAGUCGUGUUCAUGUGGAAGGGAUGAAGAACCUUUGCGUGAUUCGGUCCGGUCAGGACUGGUCGGAUACUCUCCCAGAAGAACGCAAACUGUAUCUUGAGACUAUGCAACCCGUCCUGGUGACGGGCAUGAAGUACUUGCGGGAUGAGGGUAAGGAAGAUGGAUGCUACGCGAUGAACUUGUGGGACGUUGUUGAUUCGGAGACCUACAAAGCUGAUCGAGAGCGUACGUUUGGACUAGGCUACUUUGAGGACCUGGCGUCUCUCGAGAAGUGGAGCAAGAGCCAUCCAACACACAUUAACAUCUUCACUGGGUUCCUCAGAUAUGCAAAGAAACUAAACGAUAAUCCGUCGUUAAGACUCUUCCAUGAGGUGUAUUCAUUGGAAGAGGAUCAGCAAUUGUUUGAUCUGAUUCUCGGCGUUACUAAGACGACGAAUCUUGCACAAGUGCCAAUAUUAUGUAUUAUCCUCAGCAGUUCCGAUUGCCCAAAUCAUGCUUAUCGGAGAUUGCGGGGUGUGCGUACGGUACGGUACGGAACGAAGCGCGACGCGUCACGGUCAAGGCUGUUGCGGUUUAUGUUGGCUCCCAAUGGGAACUUUGUAGAACAACAACUCAACGAGCUGGUGCGAGAGGCGUCAAGUAAGCUACUAGGUUCAACGAGUAAUAUGACUAGGCGAAUGAGGAGCGGAAGUGGUGACGUGAACAAAGCAGUCACGGGGCUGGAUCGUUUACCCCGCGAAACAUGUCAGGAGGCAGGCGGCGCGGAGCUUACCGUACGGUACGGGAACAUAGCACCUCCUUAUCCUGAUACCUUCAGCCUGAACACCAAGCCUCUCUCGAUGUCCUGGUGGCGACGUGAUCCUGCCCUUGCACCAGCUCGACUAAGCCCCCAGCGACUCGCUCGAUCCCAUGAGACUGCACUUCGCGCGCCAUGCUUCUCUCGCACAACCUCGCCAUACGCACAUCAUGAGGAAGAUCCUGGGGGCAAGCGUCCAUCAGGCAUGUCAAAUCUGGAGUGGAUGCAAAUGAGACACUAUAAGAGAUGGCAGAAGCGAUUGACUGAAGAUCCAUACAAUGCUAUCUUUGGGGCCAGCAAUGAUAUGCUGGCUGGAAAGGGAGUGAAAGACUGGAUGUGGGUCAACAACCGCUUCCCCAAGUGGAUGUUGAGAGAGAUGGAACAUAUCAAGGAGUUCAUCAAGGACUCCACAGGCGAACAUGACAAAAAAGCUGCAGGAGAGGAAGAACCGAAGAGAGCGCAUAGUAGAACAUCAUCGCAAUUUCCAAACUCGCAUCGCCUCCCCUUCAGAUCUAAGAAGGCCUCGAGAGCAGCCCUAUCACGAGACCUUCGGCGAAAAAUCCCCGACACAGGAGAAAGCAUUGGUCAGGCCCCCUGA